GUCAAAUUUAACGUUUAAUAUUUCGAUUCACGGGACAGAGCGACACUUUUUUCUGUCAAAUUCUUUCAUUUUAUGCAAAAAUGCGUUGAAUGAGCUUAAUUUCAGCAAAAGUGGAGCAGCCAUCAGUGAUCACCAAUGACAAAAGGCACAUAUCACGUGUAAGUACGUGAGAAUGAGUCAUAUAACUGCUCGUCAAUGUAAAAUGAGGUCACUGGUUGGUAUAGAGUGGUACAAUCACAACAUGAUGCUUGGGAGAGACUUGAUAGGUUAGGACCGAUGCCACCUCUAUCUCGAACACCUUUGACUUUGAUAAACAAGGUGAUUUUCGUUCACGUUACAUCGGAAAGGGAAACGCCGUGACGACGUCUCAUCGUGGCGUUCUUCAUCGUUUUUUUGGUAUUUAUGCACGGAGUCUGAUGCCGGACUUUUCCCUCAGCGAAGAAUUCCGGAGAAAAAGAGAAACGUAAAUCGCAUCUCGCGAGAGAAGCCAGCUGUUUAUGUUCGAUCUGUCACAAUGGAACCUGGCACGAGCAGUUCGACGGAUGACUACGCGGAGAUAAUACGGAAAUUGCCUCUGCAUCUGAGACUAGCGUACGGCACAGGCCAUGUACUCAAUGACAUUUGCGCUUCCAUGUGGUUCACAUAUUUACUGGUUUUUUUUCACCUGGUCCUUGGUUUUGAUCCCACUUUGGCUGGCGUUGUGCUGCUCAUCGGUCAACUAGCAGAUGCCCUGGUUACUCCAUUUGUUGGUUUUCAGUCUGACAGAAAUGACGAUUUUUGGUUGUGCAGAUACGGCAGAAGGAAGACUUGGCACUUGUUAGGCACUAUUUGUGUACUAUUAGGAUUCCCAUUUAUAUUCUCGCAAUGUUUAGGCUGUGAAAGUGCGCAUCAAUACGCACAGUUAGUUUAUUACGCUGCUUUUGUGGUAAUCUUUCAAUUUGGUUGGGCGGCGGUACAAAUAUCGCAUUUGGCUCUAGUCCCGGAGCUUACACCUGCUGAACACGAGAGAACUGAACUUAUAGCUAUAAGGUUUACGUUUACUGUCUUUUCUAAUGUUCUCGUUUAUUGUAUUAUGUGGGGUGUCCUACAUGUAACGAGCGAUGAAUAUGACUCUCAGAUUGGACCUGGUGACAUUCACAAAUUUCAGAAAGUUGUUCUAAUUGGAGUCGCAACUGGAUUAAUAGCAUCUAUUAUAUUUCAUGUUGUUGUUAAGGAAAGCGCUAAUGGCAAUGCUAAUGGUAGUUUUUUGCAUAGAAACCCCAGGACAGCAUCAGUAUUAUUGAGAGAUAUCAGAUUGUAUCAAGUAGCAUGCGUCUAUAUGCUUACACGACUAUUCAUUAAUUUAUGCCAAAUUUAUAUGCCUCUUUACUUACACGAGUCGUUGAAUAUGCCUGCGACAUCUCUGGCUUAUAUACCAUUGACAAUGUAUCUAAGUAGUUUUUUGACAUCUUUAAUCAUAGAGAGACUCAAUACAAAAUGGGGACGAAAGGUAGCGUAUUCCAUCGGUGCUUUACUUGCGAUAUGCGCCUGUAUAUGGAUACAAUUCGGCACCGGCGAUUUAUAUAUUAAAUAUCAGAUCUACGUUGUAUCUAUACUAUUAGGUUCCGCUGGUGCAAUAAUGUUAGUGACUAGUCUUGGUGUUACUUCCGAUCUAAUAGGAAAAAAUACUGAGAGCGGUGCCUUCGCCUACGGAAUAAUGAGCUUUACAGAUAAACUUAGUAACGGUCUGGUGGUUAUGCUGAUUCAGUAUUUAGUAAAGCAUUUUUCGUCUGGUUAUGCUAAUUAUUACUACAGAGACAUUCUUACAUAUGUCUGCGGCAUUUCUGCGGCAAUUGCUUUACUAAUGAUUUUAUACAUCAAACCGUUUUCUCGUACUACGGUAUUUGAAACGUUUCGCAACGAUGAUGAUGAAGGUUUCAUAGAAACUCCAAAUGCGAUUGAUGCAAACUCCACUGCAAAUGAAUCUCAAUCUAGUGUACAUUGAUGAUCUGUAAUAAUGUAAUUAAAAGUCCAUCCAUCUCUCGUAAUAUUUAUCGUAAGCUCUUUACGAUGAUCAUACUGGAGCAUUUAUAGCAAUUAAUUUAUUGCUCUCCGUAAUGCAAAACGAUACAUACAACGAUCGCAUUUUAUAACUUCUUAGUUUUAUUGAUACCGGCUUCGAAAUAUUCAAAACUGAGGGAGAGGAAUUACCAUUCCUCGAUGAAUUAAAGUAAAAGCUUUUAAAAGUAUAAAAGUGGAAUCAAAGAUCUAAUAACUCGUAACACAAAGUCUAAUAAUUGCAAUCAUAUAUAAAAAUAUUUUAGUAACGGACAAACGUUCGAACAAGUACACACGAUUUUGUAGACGAGCAAUGUUUACGACGGUUUUUUACGAUCAUCGCUUACGAUUAAAACAUUGCGAUAGAUGUAAAUGGAUCUUUAUUUGCAAUAUCUGGUCUAAAAUGUGGAAUGUAAAGACAUUUAUAUUUACUGAAAAAGAAUAAGUAAUACUUGCUAUAUAGGCCAUGAUGUGUGAUAUAUACUAAGAACAAACUAUUUUUUUAUUUAAAAUUGUUGAUAUUACAAUUUAAUAUAUUUUAAUGAUAUUAGAA